AACCCGUUUAGUGGUCAAUUUGUGGCCUUUUUUGUGGAUUUUUGGAUUUUUGAUCUGCUAACAAAAUUUUUUGCAUGUCUGGUGUGUGCAAACAAGACAUUCCGUUUUUGUUGGUUGGGGUGCGGUUGAGAAGGUUAAAAUGCUUGCCUCACCAUCUGCACCGACGAACCCUGCUCAAGUUGCCACCAACUGCUGUCAAACAUUUAAAUCCCACCAAAAGUUUAAAAACAACCUUUGCGCGCAAUUCCGCCACCGGCGACCACAAACCACCAGGAUACGCGAAAGUUCCUGUAAACACGGCGCCUACCCGUUCUCGAAUGAACGAAAUAUUCUCACAGGCCAAGCGGCGCCGGCACGCCCCAAUGGCCGGUAACGAUCGGGCCGGCGAUGCGAACGAGGAGGACGAUUUCUUCGGCAGCCAAUUCUCCGUGCCGGCCUCGCAAGCCGCCAGCCAGCGACGGUACCUGUCCCAGCGCAGCAAUCUGCAGCGCUCGCAGGUGGUCAAACCGGGCCGCCGGCCACCCACGAACUACUACGAAAGUGUGCUCUUCAUGGCCGGCCUCAGCCUGGACGAGCCGGGCGGUGUGGUGGUGCUGAAGUGUGAACCGAUCGUGUUUAUGCACAAGCUGAAGAGCGUCCUGCGCACGAACGCGGACUACCCGGCGAACGUGGACCGGUUCCUGGCCGGCAUCGAGACGACGAUGAAGGACCGGACCAACUUCCUGAAGCUGCUGGAGUGCUGCCAGGUUGUGCCGAAUGCGACGGCGCUCGACGACGGUACGAUGCAGCCGAUCCGUAAGCCGGUGCAGGAAAGCCUGAUGAAGAUGUUCCUGCUGGUGGACUUUCUGCAGCUGAAGCUGAUCGAGCUGCUGUUUGCGUACCUGUCCAAGGAGCUCGGCACGAUGGCCACACCGGAGGGCGAUGGGGCGGAGGACUCGAUCGUGGGGUUUGUGCUGUCCCAGCUGAAGUUCAUCGAUCACGUGCAGAACGGUGAGCUGGUGUUCGAGAAGGUGUUCGAGCUGCUGGGCAAAGCGAACCGCCAGCCGGUGGUGUUUGACGAGAUCAUCUUCAGCCUGGAGGAUGUGAUAGACGUGUCCAAGCAUGACGAUGCGCUCGCACGGCUGGUGAAGUUGCGCCCGCGCCCCCAGGACCUGAUCACACCGACCACCGUGGAGGUGUUCACGGGCAUGUGUCUCAGCGUGGAGACGCUCGAAAUGCUCCGCCGGAAGGUGGUCCAGUAUGCGGCCGACGGUUGCCCGUUGCGCUACUACCCAGCGCUCGUGAAGAUGCUGCUCAAGUUUAAUCGUACCGAGCCGGCGGAAAACAUUGCCGGCAUAGUGCGGGAAGUGCGUCGCCUGCUCGAUACGGGCGAAGCGGCCGACACCUGGGCCGCAUCCACCGCGGACGACUGUGCCGAGCAGGUGCUGCGCACGAUCUACCAAGCAAUAUCCGCGUCGGCCAUGCUGUACGAUGCCUGGAUCACCGUCAUCCGUCAGCUGCCUGGGGCGGAGGAACAUCUGCCGGUCGAUUUGCUGCUGCUAACGAUCGCGACCACCAUCAACGAGGUGAAGGCCCCGCGCAUCCGCAAGCUAACGAUACGCAAGAUCGAGCAGCAGUUCUUUACCGACGCGCACACGGACCAGCUGGUCGGCGGGUGCUUCCGCCGGGUGCUGCAAACCCAUCUGGACGGGUUUCUGCAGCUGAUCGAGUGCUGUACGCGGGAGCGGCACGAACGCGUGUGCGAGUUUGGCGUCGCCGCCAUGAGCGCACUGUUUGCGCUGGACCAGUCGGGCGCGGCCACCGACAACCGGGUGGUGCUGAGCAAGAUCGUCGGGUUUAUCUGCGAAAUGGCGUCGGCGAACGUGGCCAGCAGGAACGAUUUCCUGAUCGGCCGGUGUAUUGGUGCGCUGCGCAAACUGCACGAAUCGCACCCAAAAGAGAUAGAGCGAAGCGCGGAACUGUUGCUACGCAUAUUGGACAUCGCACCGGAACUCUCCCUCCGGCAGUACCGUCCACUGAUCAGCGUCAUUUACGCCGCCGUCAUUCCACCCCGCCCGCUCGACGACGAUGCGGAGCUGGCGGCGAUCCGCGAUAAUCUGGAAAUUAUCGUCAAAAAGCAGCUAAUGUGCGACAGCAAAGACACCAAGCGGAAGGGCAUCAUCGGGCUGGUGCAGAUGGUGUACCAUCUCUCGCUAGCGCCAGCCUCCGACGAUGCAGCCGAGCUUAGCUCGAGCUUCGAUUCCGAGCGGACGAUCGGCACGGUGAGCGAAAUCCCGUCCGCAACUGGCCGCACGCUUGCCAAUCUCGUGAGCACUCUGUUCCUGUCCACCAACCAGUCGCCGGAUCUGCUCGCCAUCUGCUACGAUGAGCUGGCGGGUAUGCUGGCUCAACCCCGGCCCAAGGCUGCCCCGGUGUGGGAGAAAACGUUCAUCAUGUGGCUGUCCGAUACGAUCACGAUGGAGUUUCAGGGCACGUUUCUGGUGGAAAGUGAUACACCGUUGCCGUCGCGGGACGCUACCGGACCGGGAGGGAUACUGCUCGCCCGCAAGCUGUGCAUAAACGAGGCGGAGGAGGAAGCGGCCAACACGGAAGCGGCCACCAUUGCGGUCAAUGUGGGUGGGGGUGUGUUGGGGCAUGCCGGGAGCCGUCAUACGGCCAUUUGCUAUCUGGCGCCAAUCUUUCGGCUGAUGCGUUCGCUGCACUUUGUCCGGUACGGGGGAGUACUGGAGUCGAUCAAUGCACUGCUCGGGUGUAUGGUGGUGGUGCCGGAGUUUUACGGUGUCGGGGAGGAGGAGGAACGUCGGUUUUCGGUCGAUACGUACGACGAGACGACGUGCACGCUGCUGCUGGACAUUUACUUCCACCUGAGCAACUGGUUCCGGGAGUGUGUGAGUGCGUUCGUUGGGCAGGACGAUGCUUCGAUUCGAAAGAAGGUCCUGGAACGAUUGCACGAGCUCGUGACCCUAGAGCACCGGCUCGGCCGCAUGCUGGAGCGUAUGGUCGCGGACAGCGAGUACAUUCCACCGCUGGCGUCCGACUUUAUGGAUCCUCCGGCAGCGGCCACCAAAAAGCUGAAGCCCCUCGAAUCAUCCUCCACUCGCGGCCGCCCGAAAGCGGGAGCACACGACCGAACCGUCAAUCUCGACGCACCCCUCAGCACGCAAACGGCCGCAGCGACGGCCCCCGCCACGGUGGGACAGUUCAACGAGCAGAGCUUACUGCUUCGCUGCUCGUACGCCCUGCGCCGAAUGGAUCCGGAGCUGGUGCGCCUGUUCACGGUGGAGCUGGUGCCCGCCCGCGUGCUGGAGCUGCCCGAGCAGCGCGGAACGCACCUCGCACUGGCCGAGUAUCGGUUCGUGCUGGAGAACGUUACGACCGCGCUGGAGCAGUCGAGUGAGGCGGAAGGACGCUACCAGCGCUGCAUGGUGGAGCGGUGGGAAGCGUUUGUGGAGCGAACGGCCACGCUACAGCACCGGCUGCAGGAAGCGACGAACCGACUGCAGCCCGCCUCGGUGCAGGAGCUGCUGCCGCUGAAAUCCUGCUACCUGUGGAGUUUGCGCCUGGCGACGGCCCUGCUGCCCUGGAAACGGUUCCGCGAGCAGCGGGGACGGGUGGAGCUGGCGCGUGUGCUGCGUUUGAUGGUGCUGCAACUGACGGAGCGGGAGGACGGUGCGUCCCCCGGCGACGAUUUGCACGUGGCCGAGCUGGCAAAGCUGCUACUGAAAGGGCUGAUCGUGCACGAGUCGUGCUUUGGCGAUCUUUCGAUCGCUGCCCAGCUGUACCGGCUUGCGCGUGCCAUCGGCGAGUGUGUUGGAGAUCGGACCAGUUCUGCCCGGUCGAUCGCACGCUUCACGCGCAGCGUACUGAUCGCUCCCGAUAUGCGAACGGCGGACAGUAAGGCGGCGGCCCACUUCACUACCAUCCUGGACGGGUUGAUCGAGACGGUGAGCUUGAAACAAGUGAAGCAGCUCAUCGUGGACAUGCGCCAGGAUGUGAGCAUCGAUGACAAGAUUGCCAAGCCGGCGGGUGGUAAGGCGAAGGGAGAAGCUACGACCACCACCGUACCGGAUACGGUGCGCACGUUCGCUUCCUUCAAGCGCGCCCAGUACGCACAACUGUUCAAAGGCCUGUGCAGAGCGUUUUUGCGUGUGCUGCAGGAUGAAAUUCGCAUCCGCGGCAGUGGUGGUGGUGGUGGUGGUGGCCCCAACCGCCGGCUGGAACUGUGGGAAACGGCUUGCGAAGCGACGAGCGAACUGACGGCCGUCGUAAAGCGUGCGCAGCAGGCCGGAAGCUUCGGCGUGUAUCUACGCUUUGCGCAAAUCUUCAUCAAACUCUUCCUGAAGAGUGGCCUGCCGGCACUGGAAACCAUCCUGCGCUGUUCGGCCGAACGGGCGUCGAAUCUACUGUCUACCCUGCAAACCACCACCCGGUACCUGCACAACGUCUGCUGCCAGACGAAGGUGGCCAAGGGGGCCGGUUCGUCGGCCGGUGCCCUGGCCCAGAUUCCGUUCGUGCGCGAGUCGGUCGAAACGUUGGUUUAUCGCGUGAAGGCGGCACUGGUGGCAAACCGCUGCUCGGCCGUGUUUUGGAUGGGCAACUUGAAGAACAAGGAUAUGCAGGGGGAGCUGAUCGCUUCCCAGCUGCCGCAGCCGGAUUCGGAGGAUGAAGAAGAGGGCGAGGGGGAUGGUGGGGAUGGGACGAAUGGGGUGGCGCUGCACGAUGUGUCGGACAUUGCGGAUGAUCUGAGCGAUGACGAAGGUCGGGAUAAUGGCGGGGGCUCUUCCAAGGCGUCUUCGUCCUCCAAUCAGCGGGUCGGCAGUGUGUCGAAAUCGUCAUCGCAGAGCAAAUGCUUUUGAGGGAGGAACAUAAUGUAAGCAGUGGUAAGAACGUAUUUGAAAUGUUUUUUUUUUUAACAGAAGAGGGAGGGUUCAGUGUGGAAAUAUGUACCUAAAGCAUUCACCCAUCACAUUUAUUGUGUUUGAACUUAAGAACUUGUUCUCAGAUAAGACUUUUUCUAAUAUAUUUUAACAGAAUAUUUUUUGAU